AAUGUACUCUUUAGAUGUACACCCCAAUACCAGAAUUUCCCAAAAAUUAUAAUUAAAAGCUUCCAAUUUUCCGCUAGGGGUUUAAAAACGGGCAAAAUCCCCCAGACCUCACACGCACCACAAUCCCAAAUUCCCAAGGGCUUUCAUAUUCGUAAUUCAUACUCCAUUUCCCACCCAAAAAAUGGCCGACGAAAUUGCCCACGAACUCGCCGAAUUAGAAGCCCUAGCCCCCUUGGAUCCCGUGGAAACCCAAGCUGGUUCCGUAGAGGCAACCAUCGAAUCCAACGCCGUUGGCGGCACUGAGUCCACUUGCAACACCACCAAGCAGCCCGUCGCCGAAAGCUCGGACCCCGAGAAUCUCAAUUCCUUGAAGCAAGCUGAUGAGCUGAUGGAGAAAGGUGACAAAGCUUCUAAGGACCAGGAUUAUGCUGAAGCCUCUGAUUGUUAUAGCCGUGCCCUAGAAAUCAGAGCUUCACAUUAUGGAGAACUUUCUCCUGAAUGUGUCAAUGCUUACUUCAAGUAUGGUCGUGCACUGCUAUAUAAAGCCCAGGAUGAGGCUGAUGUCCUAGGUGCUGUGCCAAAAAAAGAGAAACCUUAUGAAAAUUCUGAUGACAAGGAUGGAUCUCUAAGGAGUGUAAAGAGUGUUGAAUCUUCUGCAACAUCUGUUGUAGUUGAUGCCAGCAAAAAUGGGAGUUCAACCCAUCAGGAUGAGGUGCUCAAUGAAGAUGAUGCUGGAAAAGAUGAGUGUGAGGAUGACAACGGUAGUGAUACAGAGGACCUCGGUGAAGCAGAUGAAGAUGAGUCUGACUUGGAUUUGGCAUGGAAAAUGCUGGAUAUAGCCAGGGCAAUUGCUGAAAAAGACUCUGUUGACACAAUGGAAAAGGUUGAUAUACUGUCGGCUUUGGCUGAGGUGUCUUUGGAAAGAGAGGAUAUUGAAGCUUCCACUAGCGAUUAUUUGAAAGCUUUGUCAAUGUUAGAACGCUUGGCUGAGCCAGAUAGUCGACAGAUUGCUUCACUAAAUUUCAGAAUAAGUCUGUGCUUGGAAAUUGGCGACAAAACUCAGGAAGCAAUCCCAUAUUGCCAAAAGGCUAUUUCAAUUUGCAAUUCCAGAAUUAAGCGUCUAAUGGAUGAAGCACAGAAUCCAUCAGCUUUAAAUUCUCCUGUAUCAAAUCAGAGUGUUGAGAUCUCUUCUAGCGUUCCUCUUGAAUCUGCUGCAGAUAAAGAAAAAGAAAUAGAAACGCUUACCAGCCUAUUAGGUGAUCUGGAAAAAAAGCUUGAAGAUAUGCAGCUGCUUGCCUCAAAUCCUCCGGCACCUGUACUCCCAGAUUUGAUGGCAAUAUUAGCUGCUCAGGCGAAAGGCAUGGAAAAGGGUGCUUCUUCUGCUGGAGUAAGCUCCUCGCGGUUUGGUGCUGCUACCUCUGGUAAUUUGGAGUCCCCCACUAUUUCCACAGCUCACACAAAUGGAGCUGCAGAAGUAACCCAUCUUGGUGUGGUGGGAAGAGGAGUCAAGAGAGUCGUAAUGCACUCAGAAUCAACAGAUUCUAGUCCAAUGAAAAAGGCUGCAUUAGAUCCACCAGCGGACAAGGCAAAUGACAAGGCCUCUUGAUUGAUAUCUUUCUUGAAAUAUUAGUGCUGUAAGACAAGGCAAAUUACAAAGCCUUAUGAGGCUAUGUUACCAAGGAAUAUCUCGUGGAAGAUUGUUUCUGAACCUGUUUUAUUCUUCAAUCAGAACUUGUGAGUGAAUUUUAAUGUAUAAUGCAAGGGCUUCUGCUUCUUGCUGCUAUAGCCAUGAUUUUAGUGCAGUUACUAGGUUCUUGUUUAAGUUGGGAGUUUAUGCUGUUGCUAAUGAUAAGGAUGUCCAGACUUAUAGUAGGUUCUUGUUCAACUUUUUGUUGUUGCCAGUGAUAAGGAUUUCAAGAAUUAGAGUA